CCGCCAUCUUGUCGCGUCGAACAGGAGAAGAAGAUAUGGCUGACUACAGUAACGUGGCCCCGCCGUCCUCUAACGCCGGAGGCGGCAUGAACGACGCUUUUAAAGACGCUCUGCAGCGAGCGCGACAGAUCGCGGCGAAGAUUGGCGGCGAUGGCGUUGCGGCACCUCCAACAAACGAGUUUGGUUAUGGAGGCCAGAAAAGGCCCCUGGAGGACGCUGGUGGGUAUUUUCCCAUGCCUAACCUGAAUAUCGACCAACCGGAGACGAAGAAGGUGGCUACAAAUGAUGCCUUUUCAGCAAUGGGAGGAAUGGGUGGACCUCCAAGGUCAGCAUCAGAGGAGUUCAAGGUUCCAGAUGGAAUGGUUGGAUUCAUUAUUGGAAGAGGAGGUGAGCAAAUAUCACGUCUGCAGCAGGAGUCUGGGUGUAAAAUACAGAUUGCUCCUGACAGUGGAGGAAUGCCAGACAGGUCGGUGACAUUAACAGGAUCACCAGAAUCAAUCCUGGGUGCAAAGAGGCUAUUAACAGAGAUUGUCGAGAAGGGGCGUCCAGCACCAGCGUUCCAUCACAACGAUGGUCCGGGAAUGACUGUGCAGGAGAUAAUGGUCCCAGCCUCCAAAGCUGGACUUGUUAUUGGAAAGGGAGGAGAAACUAUCAAAAGCUUACAGGAAAGAGCUGGAGUGAAGAUGGUCAUGAUCCAAGAUGGACCCCAGAACACGGGCGCAGACAAACCGCUUCGUAUUUCAGGAGAGCCUUUUAAAGUUCAGCAAGCCAAAGAUAUGGUGAUGGAGCUGAUCAGAGAUCAGGGCUUCAGGGAGCAGAGGGGCGAGUAUGGUUCAAGGAUUGGGGGAGGAGGAGAUAGUUUAGAUGUCCCUGUUCCCCGGUUUGCAGUAGGAAUCGUCAUUGGCAGAAAUGGAGAGAUGAUUAAGAAAAUACAGAACGACACAGGCGUCAGGAUUCAGUUUAAACCAGAUGAUGGCAGUGCACCAGACAGGAUAGCACAGAUCAUGGGUCCUCCCGACCAGUCUCAGCACGCAGCAGAGAUUAUAUCUGACCUGCUGAGGAGUGUCCAGGCCGGAGGACCUCCAGGACAUGGUGGAGGCAGAGGACGCGGUCGUGGGCAGGGUAACUGGAACAUGGGCCCCCCUGGUGGCCUACAGGAGUUUACCUUCACUGUACCAACUAUGAAGACAGGCCUCAUCAUUGGAAAAGGUGGUGAGACAAUCAAAGGCAUCAGCCAGCAGUCUGGAGCCAGGAUUGAGCUACAGAGGAAUCCCCCACCCAACGCUGAUCCCAACAUCAAAAUGUUCACAGUCAGAGGCUCUCCUCAGCAGAUCGACUACGCCCGGCAGCUCGUGGAGGAGAAAAUUGGGGGACCUGUUACUCCAAUGGGUGGCCCUCAUGGUCCGCCUGGUCCUCAUGGAGGCCCAGGCCCACAUGGUCCCCCUGGGCCCCCCGGACCCCCUGGAGCUCCCAUGGGGCCGUACAACCCUGGACCAUACAACCAGGGACCUCCAGGGCCUCAUGGCCCUCCUGCACCAUAUCAGCCUCAGGGAUGGGGCAAUGGCUACCCACAUUGGCCACAGGGACAACCUGAUCCAAAUAAAGCAGCCGCCGAUGCCAAUGCAGCAGCAUGGGCAGCGUACUAUGCUCAGUACGGCCAACAGCCGCAGGCCCCCAUGACUCCAACCAGCGGUGCUCCAGGCACUACUCAAACCAACGGUCAAGGUGACCCACAGGCUGCAGGUCAGAGUGGACAGGCAGAUUACACCAAGGCCUGGGAGGAAUAUUACAAGAAAAUGGGUCAACAGAGUCAGCAACCUCAGGACUACACAAAAGCCUGGGAGGAGUAUUACAAGAAACAAGGUCAAGCAGCCACUCAGGCUGCCCCCGCAGCCGCAGCAGCAGCGGCUGCCUCUCAGCCCGGAGGCCAGCCAGACUACAGCGCUGCCUGGGCCGAGUACUACCGGCAACAGGCUGCUUACUAUGGCACAGGCAACCCUCAGACGAUGGGUGCAGCACCACAAGCUCCUCAGGUACACCCCUUAUAAGAAUCUGCCCUCCACAUUCACGUGUACUAGAUAGAGUUUUGCCGUAACCCCCUUCCUUCCUCAGGUUUUUACAGGGUUCCAGUGGCUGCAGCAGUUGCACAAAGCUAACUAAAACCACUUUCUCCCUACACAGCAUUUUUAGCUUUUUAUUUUGGGAAGCUGAGUCCACUGUUUCCGCUGUUAACAUGCAAUGUAUCUUCUAUGUAUUUCUUCUGCACAGGGCCAGUAAUGUGAAGUGGACAUAAAGUAAAUGCUACAUUGUCGAAAACAAAAUCCUUUGUUAAAUGUUUGGAUGCAGACGCCUUGAUGAAGAUCUUAAAUUUCCUUGGUUUGAAAGUGUUUCACACAGAUGGCAGAUUUCCCAGCGAACACGUCCUCUCUCUUUCUCAAUUAUUUUUUCUUUUUUGUUUUUUUUUGUUUUUCUUGUAAAUGCUUUGUUUUUAGUAAGGUAAUUAUGCAUAUGGUCAUUCCAGCCCUGUAUCUACAUAAAAUGUGGUUAGAACUCAUGUUUAUUAAACUGUUGACAUUACCAUGUAAAUCAUCUCAGUUUUAAAAUGCUGUUGCCUGUUGUGUUUUUGCAAUAAAACAAACUGAAACCUCCUGUGUUGGUAAGUUGGGGUGGAUUGAAACCAGAGGAUUUAAAAGAUGAGUUCCUGUAUGUUUUUGGUGUAUUUGCAGAGGGGGGAGGGGUUGCCAUACAGGCUCAGUGUGGGUAUAAUUGUUAAAUUGUUGACUUGAAGUUGUGCUGUCCUGUCUCUCUCCAACUGUUUAUAAGGCUCUUAGAUACAAUAUGCGCGCGGCAAACGUCCUGUUAGACAUUUUUUUACACUUCCUCUUGGUCAUUAGAAAACUGCCUGGUAUCUGUGUAUCGUAAAUCAUUCAUUAACUGCGUUGCUGUGGCUCUCUUGAUCAUUUUUUAAAAAACGUUUUUGCCUGGUUUGCUGACAUUGUUGAGGUAGUAUGCACUGUAUUUUGCCUUGAUAGACACUUCCUCCUCCACAGGCAAGUUUAGAAAAUCGGUAAGCAAGUGUUUUUCCCUCAACAUGUUCCUCAGAAACAGGUUGCAAGAAAAUGUUGCAUAUUUUUUAGUGUUAUAAAUAUAUAUAUAUAUUUUUGUGCUGUUCUUUUUCCCAGGACAGUCGGGUAAAAUUGCCUCUGUAUCGAAAAUGCAUUGAAAAAGAUUGUCUUGCCCGUUUACGGUUGUGAACUAACUCACAUGUAUGACUUUGUUUUUUAAAGAAUGUUUUUUUAAUAUAAAAACAUUGCAAAAAACGUAUGUUUUUGCUGUGCCCAUUCUGUUAGUCUUUAUCCAAUAUAAGAACGUAGAUGUUGUAGGGCCGGUGGUGGCUAAGCAGUCUUCGUCCAUCAGUUGAGCCCUCCAUUACUGUAAGUACAAACCUGUGAUUGACUUUGAGAGAUAAAACGCCUUUUUUGAUGCUUCAUACACUGCAAAAGAUGUAGUAUUUUUGUCCAUUAUUGCCAUUUUUCCAUGUCUCUUGGGUAAGUAUCAAAUGUUCUGAGGAGAGGCUUUAGAAUUUGAGAUGUUGAUUGUUGUACCACAUGUUUUCUGAGACUUCCCUUGUGUGACACGUUAACUGAAUCUUAACAGUAUGUUGAUUCCCUUUGAUAGACUUUGCUAGUUUGUGUAGGUAGUUAUUCAGUGCCAGUUGGGUUUCUGAAGUGAGGGUUUUGAAUGUCAGCACUCUAACACUGUUGGUAGGAACUGUAAAAGGAUGUCUAUUCGGAAUAUGUGAUCUGACAAGUGCUAUUGACUUAGUUCUGUUUCAUUUAAAUGUCAUUUAUUGCAACACUUUGCUUAAAAGUCCUACAGCAUAACUGCAGUGUAGCAUGUUUAGGUUUCUGCUCUGAUUUCUCUUCCAUCUCUUACUCGAGCAUGUGGAAUGUUAGCAGUGGAAUUGUUUGAGUAGUUGAGUACUGAUCUAUUUCUAAAAGAAAUGAGCACUGUUGAAAGGCUGUUGAUUUUCAAAGGUCAAAAUAAUCUUUGACUGCAUUGUUGACUGAUGGCAAACAGUGCAAUAUCUGAUCUUUGCAGUGUCGUCCCAGACCUUGCACCUUAGGUUCUGCUGCAAUAACACAGGUAAGCGAAACCUAAGGAAACCAGUGUUUUUGUCCAAUGACAUUGACCAAUAAUACAUGCAAACAAAUGCUUACCUGUGUCGUCACUUUGCCUCGAUGCAUUUAUGCUUCAGUCGUACAAGAAAUGUCCAAUAUAUUUUAAAUAUGAGCAGCCCUUUUUAAGAUUAUCUGCCUUCACGAAUGAACUUGCAUGAUGUGAGUUUUUCUUGACUUGAUACAUGAAGUUUGAUUUUUGUCUGAUACAAAGUGACUUAACCCAGAAACACUUAUGUUGAUUCUCUGAGGAAAUGUCAUUGUCAUGUGCUUAGAAAAUGAUAACUAGCUUUGUUUGCAUUUGGGUAAGUCUGAUGGUGACUGUACAAUGCUUUUUAGAUGACCUUUUGACACUGGUAUAACAAACUGCAUGCAACGCAAACCUGUUGCCAGACGUUAGCAAUGUGCUCAACUGUUAGGUCAAAUCAGAAGCAGUGAAAUACAUGAUAUUUUUCUUUAAAUGUAUUUUAUAGAAAACGCCUAAUCUCGUGUGAAUCUGCCCUCUGAGUGCAGUGCAAACCUGACUUAUUGAAACGCUGCUGCCUUCACUUCUCGCUCACAGUGUUGGAGGAUGCUGCAAGCUUAGGUCGUAGUCAGGCCCUGUCGUAGUUUGUCCCCUCCUCUUCCAAAAGGAGGAAUCCUUUGAGUCAAUCCCUCUGCUGAAUGUAGACCGAUCAAGAGCUCCAGUGAUAAGGUAAAAAACAGAACAGCAACGCACUUAAGUACAGAUUCUGUGAUUGGUCAGAUACAUGGAUUGACUGUUUAUUAAACCUUGCCAUAGUGAUUUUAUUUUUUUUUUUAAAGAAUUGUCUGACGCUUUUAUCAAUAACAGUCAAAUGUGGGUAAGGAAAAGUUGGAUGAGGACAGGAAGUGAUUAAUCUUGAGUAACAAAUGCUUUGUUUUUAAUUGGCAGAAUUUCAGGGGGAUAAAAUGACUUCUCUUUAGCUAAAAGGUCACAUAGUGUUUUGUUUUUUUGAGGCUGUUCACUCUGUACAUGUGAGAUGCUCAGUGUUUUAUCACAGUUUGAGUGGGUGUAGAAGAAUUAAGGAGCAUGCCUUGGGGGUAAAGGUUUCACAUGCUGUGAAUAUGAUCAAAAUGUAUUGGUUUGUUCUGAUUUAAGUUGCCAUGUUCAUCAAUAAAGUUGUAAAAAGUAAA